CAGCAGUUUGAUCGUGAUUCAGGUCUGCAGAAGGGCUUUUAUCACUCAGCUUUUAUCAGCCAUUUACAAUCAUAAACCACACCUGUAUCCCCGGAAGUGUUUUUGAAUUUUUGUGUAUUUUAUGCGUCACUGAGACAGUGGUGUUUAACUUUCUCCUCGUUUCCUGAAAUGAGCCCUUUCAGCAACCGGGAGGACUGAAAGACUGUUUGUUCCCUGCCCGCCCCCUUUUGUCCAGAUGAGACAAUACAUUGACUCUGGGAGGAGGAGGAGUAGAGGAGCAAAAAUGCGAGAGGUAACGGUCACCUGAUGUCAGGAUGCCUGAAUCCCCACCCCCUUCAGAAUAUCCUAGUGAUGCCAUCCUGACCUCUGCAGGAAGAGAGGUUGUGCCAGAAGAGGACGUGAAGGAGCUGAUUCUGGACCUGGACGAGUCUCCUUUUCUUCCCAACUUGUGUCCAUUGGAGUUGAACGGACAGGAAACACAGCUUGUGGACAGCAGCUGGAGCCACAAUGGAGAUAUGCAGGGAUUUGGACCUGUUUCCAGACUCGAGAGGAGGUGGGUCCUUUGGCACGAGUUUAUGAAGGAACACGACCAACUGGACAGCUGGCUGCGAUUGGCUGAGCAGGCUGUCAGUUCCUCUUACCCUGACCAUGUUACUUAUGUCACUGCCAAGGAAAAACUGAGGAAAAUCAAGAGGCUGCGGCGCGAGGCUGGAUCUCGGCUUGUUCAGCUGGACAGUCUGACCCGGAGGAAUAGAACACUGACUGGGCUGUUUCAGGGUGCCAUGCAGGCUCGGCUGCUGGCAUCAGCGAGGAAUUGCGGGCAACGAUGGGACUGCGUGAACGCCAAACUGGAAUGCAUCACCACAAGACUGAAGCUCUUUGUCUCCGAGUGGGAGGGAUUUGAGGCAGAGAGGGAGGAGCUUGCUCUCUGGUUGGCUGACCUGGACGUCCGUCUGACUCACCUGUCAGGACACACCUGUGAAAAGCUGAGGAAACUGCGGUCCUUCCAGCAGAGUGUGAGUGUGAACUCGGACCGUGUGAAUGUCCUGCUGCAGCGCGGCGAGGCCUUGAUACAGAGCAGCGACCCAACUGAUGCUCAGCGCGUCGAGAGUGAUCUGCUGAAGAUGCUGCGGCGCUGCAGCCUCGUCUUCAACAACAUCGCUCGGACACACAGCAGGCUACUUAGCAUGAGACUGGUGUUUGAAGAUGACUUGAUUCUGUCUCAGGCUACAGACUCAGGAUGUCCUUCAGAGACUCUUUUAGAGGAAGAGGGUGCACUGGAUAAAGCCAACAUGGACAUCCCUGCCUUUCCGAACCAUCCUAAAGAUUUCAGCCAAUCAGCUUACCCCACCAGAGCUUUCUCCCCUAAUCAACUCCCACCUCCAACUUCCACUCCUUCUUCUCCUAACCAUGAUCACCUGGGGCUUGAGUGGGACCCCUCAGUUGAUAUUGGACGCUCUGUCUCCUGUGACAAUGCAGACUCGUUGUAUUUUAAUGCCCGCACAGGUCUGCGUCAUCACACAAACGGUGUGAAGAGGUGGAGCUACUUCAGCUCCCUCGGCUCUGAGUCUGAUAUCAGUAAUGACAUCACCAACCAUGAAGCAGAUUUGAGAAUGGAGGGAUGGCUUCAACACGACCGCACAAGUGUCUUCUCACCAAUAGUAAAGCAAGGGGGUGGGACUCGGCUGAAUGGAGACCAGUGGACGACCUCGACUCCUGACGGAGAGGACGUUGGACCAAUUAGCUUUGACCAUGGACGCGUGAGAGCGUGGCUGGGAGGACAUAGCCCCGCCCCCUCGGAUAGGAGCACUCCCUGCUCAAAAGCAGUACCGACUGAUGUGGAGUGUAACAUGGAUGGGAGACACAUCAAUGCACCCAACCAGCUGCGUCCUCCUCUCAACACACAACAUCCAUCUCCUGACCCCUCCCUUUCCCCAACACAUGACCUAAAGGCCUCGCCUGAUUGGAUGAAGCACCAAUAUCUCACUGAUCUUCAGGCUGGAGAAGAGCAGCCCUGUUGUGAAGGAGUGGAGCGUCUUCACUCUGAACAAAGCAUGAUCACCAGCAGCAGGACUCCCUCCUCCCGGCUCUACCCAGCCAUCCUCUGCCUCCUUCUGGCUACAGCUCUGGCUCUCCUGGCCUGUCUAAUCUGGUUCUUCCUGGAGCCGCCUAGUAGCUUCCACUUGGCCCUCAGGUACGUCAAUGGGCCCCCACCUACCUGAAGACCACCCAGAGCGUCUGAUGGUCAGAGUUUGGACUUUCCUCAGGCUAGACGGAAUGAAGGAUUGCAACUAAAGCUCGUUUCAAUUAACCCACCACAUGACUCAAACAUCAAAGAUCUGACAGGAAUCUGCAGGGAAUGAGAAAUCAGGAUAAUAACAUCUUGAAUCAAGGGCAGCAGCAAGGGUAAACGUGCCUCAACAAUCUUUGAGCAACAGCAGUUGUGGUUUCUUUUUCUGACCUUUCUUUCUGUUAACGUCCUUUAUUAUUCAUUUAGCAUACUACAUAAUGAACUUCUUUGUGGUUCUGGCUGCUGUAGGCUGUUGUUGUUAGUGCCGUCAUGCUUUAGGGGUUGACAUACUUGAAAGUCACUGAAAAAAGGAAACUCCUGUCUUUAUUCUACCUUUUUAAAGGGAUUUCUUUCAUAAAACAUAAAAAUAUGUAUUGCCUGAAAAUGUGAGACUAAUCCACUAGUUCAUGUUUGCAAAUUCUUACACGGUCUAUAAAUGAAAGGGGCAGUAUCUUUAAAAAAGGCAUUAACCUCAAGAAAAAUGCCUUGUGAAAAACAUCUUGUUGCCUUAUUCUUUCAGAUGUAAGAUGGUAGUUCAUCCUUGGCCUUAAACUGGAAAAUGGGCUUUAUAUUUUGUGCUACACAUUGGCCAAUUCUUACUAGUUUUGAUGCAACAGUGUUUUAACUUUUUUGACCAACUUUUGGAUGCAAACUUCUCCAAACCUUAACUGUUUGAGCACAAGGAAAGACCACAUGAGAUUAACAUGUUGUAAAUAUAUAAGAAAUGUUGAUGAUUGUUGGGCAGCUGAAGAUAAGGAUGUUUUGAUACGGUCGAUGGUAUGCUGCAAACAAAGUUGUCAUUUCUAAUUCUACCAGGGAACGAAACCAAAUCAUGUCUUACUCAGCAUUUUGUCAAUUCCAGCUUUCAUUUGAAUUUAGUUCUCAUGAAAUCCUUAACGCUCUUGGACGAAUUAAAAGUUCUAUAUUAUCUUAGACUUAAAAUACAUCAACGUCCUGUACUAGGCACUAAUACAUGAAAACAUGUCUGGUUUAGCCAAAUGAGAAGGUAUGUUCAAAUCAAUGCCUUGAUGAAAAAUAAAUAUAUGUAUAUAUGUAACAAUAGAAUGUAUGUAAGCAAUCGGAAAGUUUUGAUAUGUAUGAUGAUGUUGACUUUUGGUCAAUGAAAGCAUUUCUAACUGCCUUUGCAACCAGACCGAUGCUACGUUUGUUGUAGCACCAGUUGGUUUAAUGACCACCCUCGUGCUUUGUUGUAGAUCUGAUAUGUUAGGUUUAUUUCACAUUUUUAAGUAAAUAGGCUUGAAAAAUCAAAAAAGAAAACGUUGAUGGCCUAUCAUAUCAGACAUGGAACCCUGUUCCCAAAGCAUGCUAAGCUUUACUGUCUCUCCACUGUAUGGUUCAGCUCAACUGGACUUUUUGUACCAGGUCAUUUUUCUUUAUUUCGUUUUCUACUGCAGAAAGUACUCUCUUUAUAAAGCUGAUAGAGCUCAGCUGAUGAUGUCACGGUGCACAACACUGAAUGAAUGAUUUGAUCACCAACCAAACAGAAGAAGUUAAUGAGAUUGCAGAUUUGUGCAGGACGUCCAAGUUCGCCCAAGUGAUGAUUCUCUCUGACCAGUUAGUUGCCUGCAGUGUUCUGACCCCGCCUUCAAGCUCUAUUAGAUCCUAAACCAAGGUAGUAUGAAUAAAAGUCUGUGGUACAAUCAACAACUUCAGCUUAUGGAAAACCAUAAUGAAAGUGGAGUAGAGCUGUCAGUGCUCCAUGCAGUGGAAAUGUGGCAUAAACAUACACUAUUUGGAGGAACAUAAAGUUGAAUGUAUUUGAGGAUUAAUAAUCCAAACAUUUCUCUGUUUCGCAAAAUGCCCUAAAAAUAACACAGUAUAAAUGUGAUGGGGUCAUAACAUCAACAGCCAUCUGUCUUGUGUAUCUGUUUAUUUAUUUUCUUAUUUCUACUAAUGGCUAUAAAUGAUUCCCUGAAAGUGUCCGAAAACCGCACUAAACUGCUAUCUGUGCUAAUGUAGCUAAAGCUAAUGUUAACGCAGCUAACGAGCAUUAUGCUAUUGGAUGUUUGUAUGACUUCCAUUCAUGUCACAUUUUGAAGUUUUUUUGUACCUAAUAUGAACCACUAACUGCUUUGUAACGUCCUAAUAGCACUUGUAUUUAUAAAGUUGUUUUGUAAAAAAGGGAAAUGUAUCAAAAUGUAUGGUAAAAAUACCAAGUCUGAUUAUUUUUUAUUUUAUCCAAUUUGUUACAAAUCACACACAUGAACGUUACUACUAGGCUUUUUCCGUACAAUCAAAAGCAUGUAUGUGCAUGUGGUUUUUUCUUUUUUCAGCUUUUUGUUUAAGUUAUUUCUUUAAUUUGAAUAGAUUUGAAACUUUCUGCAGAGAAAAGAAUCCAGCACAGCCAGAAUCCUGUUGUCAUUCCUUGUAGUGAAAGUGGUGUUCUUGGUGUUUGGUGAUAUAUUUCAAACAACAAAAAGUAUUUCAGUUUGACCAAAAGGAAGAAGAAGCACAGAAGCAUUAUUGAUUUUUCUACAUUGACUGUUUUCUGAUGUUUCACCCGACUCUUGUGAAACGUCAUAUUGAAUGCUAAGUAUCUCUGAUAAUUAUAAAAUGGGCUAAAACAUAAAAAAAGCAUGGUAUCACAUGGAAGUGUGUAAUGUUGUGUUUUUUAUUCUUUCUUGCUGAAGAUUGCUGUGAGAUUUUGAGUGAUUUAUACUUUUUAUACUCACCAUCCGCUAUCAGUGUCAACAAUGCUUUUCCAGCAUACAAAGGUAAAGCUUUCUGUGAUUGACUAGUCUUUGUUCAGUAGUUUGUAAGAGCUUUUUUUCAAAACCCAAAUGCCUAGCUUUCUCAGGGGUAAGAUUCUAGUCCAUGUUCCCCUAAAACAAAUGUUAAUUUCCAGAGGAUUGAAUUGUUGUCAACUCGCAAUCAUCACACUACUUGAUGAUUAUGAGGACGUAUGUUUCAAGCCUUUAAGAGGUUAGCCAAAAUCAUUGAAAAGGGAAUAUUAUAAGUCAACUGCCAUCUAAAACAUUUCACUUUAGUAUGUGUUUUUUCACUUUAUGCUCCUGUUUCUGUGUUUUGAAGAUAACAAAUAAAUUAAUUGUACGAAA